UGUGGAGCAGAGAAGAAAGCGCCCUCAGAAGGUUGGCAGCGCUGACCGUCGGUGCACCAGCUCAAACAUGUGCUGCUUCUCCUACCUCUGGCUUGUGCUCCACGCCUGUGCCCUCCUGGAGUCUCAGACUCUGGCGCCUGGGGGCUCGGCGUGGUUUAGUAAACCCGGAAACAUCACCAUCGGUGGGCUUUUCCCCUUUCACCAGCAAGCGAUCGCAUCUUAUGACCUUUCGUUGCUCGACACCGUUAACUGCACAGACUUCGAUCUGACGGCCUUCCUAGACACCCUAGUGAUGUUAUACUCCAUCGAGCAAAUCAACAAUUCAACGAUGCUGCCCAACAUCUCUUUGGGCUAUAAGAUCCACGACACGUGCAGCGACUCCCCCACGGCGAUAAGGACCGUUUUGGGGUUCAUGCAGGACAAAAACCAGCCGGCGGACAACUGCUCCAUCUCCAUCCCCUGCAAUUUCUCUACGCUGGAGCCCAGGGUGAAGGCAGUGAUCGGAGAGGAGUCCUCCGAGAUAUCCACAGUGGUUGCCCGCCUGCUGGCCGUGCCUAUGAUCGCACAGAUAAGCUACGCAUCGACGAGUCAGGUGCUCAGCGACAAGUCCAAAUAUCCUUCAUUCCUGCGCACGGUGUCGAGUGACGUGCAUCAGGCAAAGGCGAUUGUCGAGCUGAUAAAAACCCUGAGCUUUCACAGCAUCGGACUAAUUGGCAGCGACGACGAAUACGGCAAAUACGGCAUAGAGAAUAUAGCCGAUGGUCUGGAGAACCUCACCGUGUGCUCAGCCUUCAAGGAGAUCCUGCCCUCUUACUUUUCACAGAACGACAGCCAGACACAAUCCGAGCUGAGCGAAGUCAUAGAUAAGAUAAAAAACUCUACGGCGGAAGCUAUUGUGAUUUUCACCAAAGAUCUGAAUGUGGAGCUCAUCCUGGAAGAAGCAGCCAGGCAGAAUUUCAGUAGGACUUGGAUUGCCAGUGACACCUGGUCCACCUCCACCAGAAUCGCAAGCAUGGACGGCAUUCGGAAGAUCGGGAGGGUCUUUGGUUUCAUCUGGAAGACGAAGAAAGUGCCGGGGUUUGAGGAACACAUACGGAGCAUUCAGAAGAAGGCCAAGGAAGAUCCUUCAUACUGGGGCCCUUUUCUGGCCUGCCCCAACACUUCUGCUGCAAGCGAUCGGUGGAACUGCUCAUUUGAAGUAAAAAAGGGAGAGCCUGAGGACGAUGUCGACAACGAUAGCGGGAAUGACACGGUUACAUGCAUGGACCUUGGGUGUUUUGUGCAACACGUGCAGAUGUUCACUGGAGAGCACUAUGCCAUAUAUCUGGCCGUGAACGCCAUAGCUCAAGGUUUGAGAAGCCUGCUCCGGUGCGACGAUGUGAAAUGUGAACGGAAUACGGACUUCUACCCGUGGGAGCUUCACGAUGCAGUGAGUAAAGUCAAUUUCACCUUGAACGACACAAACGUAGCAUUUGAUGAGAAUGGGGACCCCAGCAUUGGCUACAACAUCUUGAGCUGGAACACGAGCAGCGUGGAGAUUCCGUUCGAGAUUAUCGGCGAGUACAACCUCUGCGGGAACGUCACCCUCCCACAGUCCCUCGUCGAUGAGUUCACCAGCAUCGCGGCGAUUUUAGGGUGCGACAAACAGUGCAGACCCGGCUACGGCUUGGUUACGAGCGACAAAAUCUGCUGCCAAAAAUGCACGACCUGCAGCACGGACAGUUUUUCCCCCGGAGGAGGUGUGCAGUGCAGCACGUGUGAGGAAAACAUGACUUCCUCCGCCAACCGUUCCACCUGCGUGUCACUCAAGGAGAAGUACCUGGAAUGGAGCGACCCCGCGGCCGUCACCCUGUCCGUGUUCAGCGCCAUCGGCAUCCUCUUCCUGCUCUCCAUCGCCGCCCUGCUGGUGAAGCACCGCAACACCCCCAUCGUGAAAGGCGCCGGAGGGCAAAGCUGCUUCGUCAUCCUGGUGUCGCUUUGCGCCUGCUUCUGCAGCGUCUACACCUUCAUCGGGAGGCCCACCUAUCUGUCCUGCAAGGUGGGCCUGCCCCUCUUCACGGUGUGCUUCACGCUCUCCGUGUCGUGCAUCGUGGCCAACCUCUUCCAGAUAUUCGUCGGCUUCGUGUUUGACGCCGAGCUCAGCGCCAAGGUGAGGCGGUUCAACAGGCCCGUCGCCAUAGUAACGGCCUGCAUGGGCAUGCAGGGGCUGCUCUGCUUGCUGUGGUUUGUGCUGAGCCCACCCACUAUGAUAGAGGACAAGAAAGACCAGGUCAUCAACCUGACCUGCACUCGGGGCUCCGACAUCAUCUUCGGGAUCCAGCUGGCCUACACGGCCUUCCUCUGCAUCGUCUGCUUCCUCUUCGCCUUCAAGGGGAAGCGCCUGCCCGACCUGUACAAAAACGCCAGCUUUGUGACCAUCAGCAUGCUCAUCUACCUCGUGGUGUGGGUCCUCUUCUUCCCCAUGUACAUGCACUUGAUGAAGACGGACGUGCAACCCAUCGAGGCCACGGCUAUCCUGGUGGCCACCGGCAGCCUGCUCUGCUGCCACUUCUGCCCCAAAUGCUACGUCAUUCUGUUCAAGAAGGAGAUCAACGAGGAGAGGGCCAUCCUGGAGCGCAUCCGGAAACACUUUGAGAACAAGGGAAUCUCCACCGUGACGUUGGGCCGCUGAAUCCGGACCUUCGGCAGCAGAGCUCAGGCUUUGUGCCUCGAAAACGUUUAUUCUUCAUGAGAAAACACCUGAGAGUUUCACAUUUUACACUCGACGCUGCUCCCAGUUGGUGUUUUCCGCCGGGAUGGGCGCCGUUGGCUGCAGGUGGCGCUCAUGUCCUUCCAGCUUUGACAAGGAGCUCCACUGUCUUCGCAGCUUUCUGCCCGUAUAUUGAGCGCAAAAUAUGUAUGUGAAACAUUGUUAACACAGCUUUGUGAUAAAGAGCGCUCUUCUCUCGCCGCUGAAUUCUCCUGGCUAAACAUUCCAGCUUGUAAAGGCACAAGGGGCACAGCGAAUAGCGCUGCUGUCUCACAGCGCCUGGGUGGUGCGAGAGGACGUGG